AGAUUAGUAAACACUACUCUGAGGGAAAGACGGACUCCUAGCAGAUUUCAGCCAUGCUUAUUUUCCUACUUUUUUCAGGACUUUGUGCUCUUCCCUUCACACAAAGUCAAACAAUCAACACAACUACUGUUCCCUCCACAAAUUUUCCCAACACAACUGCUGUUCCCUCAACUCCUAUUCCCUUGAACACUACUCCCUUGACUACUGCUUCUGUUACAUCAGUUCCCUUAACGACUGUUCCCUCAACCGCUGAUCCCUCGACCACUGUUCCCUCGACUACUGCUUCUGUUACCACUGUUCCCUCAACAACUAUUCCCUCAACAAAUGUUUCCUUGACCGCUGUUCCCUCGACCGCUGUUCCCUUGACUGCUGUUCCCUCGACUACUGCUUCUGUUACCACUGUUCCCUCAACAACUAUUCCCUCAACAACUGCUCCCUCAACAACUGUUCCCUUGACUGCUGUUCCCUCGACCGCUGUUCCCUUGACUACUGCUUCUGUUACCACUGUGCCUUCAACAACUAUUCCCUUGCCAACUGUUCCCUCAACAAAUGUUUCCUUGACCGCUGUUCCCUCGACUACUGCUUCUGUUACCACUGUUCCCUCAACAACUAUUCCCUCAACAAAUGUUUCCUUGACUGCUGUUCCCUCGACUGCUGUUCCCUCGACCGCUGUUCCCUCAAAUACUGCUUCUGUUACCACUGUUCCCUCAACAACUAUUCCCUUGACAACUUUUCCCUCAACAACUGUUCCCUCGACCGCUGUUCCCUUGACUACUGCUUCUGUUACCACUGUUCCCUCAACAACUAUUCCCUCAACAAAUGUUUCCUUGACGGCUGUUCCCUCGACUGCUGUUCCCUCGACCGCUGGUCCCUCGACUACUGCUUCUGUUACCACUGUUCCCUCAACAACUAUUCCCUCAACAAAUGUUUCCUUGACCGCUGUUCCCUCGACUGCUGUUCCCUCGACUGCUGUUCCCUCGACUACUGCUUCUGUUACCACUGUUCCCUCAACAACUAUUCCCUCAACAACUGUUCCCUCAACAACUAUUCCCUCAACAACUGUUCCCUCAACAACUGUUCCCUCAACCGCUAUUCCCUCGACUAUAGCUUCUGUUACAACUGCUCCUUUAACAACUAUUCCCUCAACAAAUGUUUCCUUGACCGCUGUUCCCUCGACUGCUGUUCCCUCGACCACUGUUCCCUCGACUACUGCUUCUGUUACCACUGUUCCCUCAACAACUAUUCCCUCAACAAAUGUUCCCUUGACUGCUGUUCCCUCGACUGCUGUUCCCUCGACUACUGCUUCUGUUACCACUGCUCUUUCAACAACUAUUCCCUCAACAAAUGUUUCCUUGACCGCUGUUCCCUUGACUGCUGUUCCCUCGACCGCUGUUCCCUCGACUACUGCUUCUGUUACCACUGUUCCCUCAACAACUAUUCCCUCAACAAAUGUUCCCUCGACUGCUGUUCCCUCGACUGCUGUUCCCUCGACUACUGCUUCUGAUACCACUACUCCUUCAACAACUAUUCCCUCAACAAAUGUUUCCCUGACCGCUGUCCCCUCGACUGCUGUUCCCUCGACCGCUGUUCCCUCGACUACUGCUUCUGUUGCCACUGUUCCCUCAACAACUAUUCCCUCAACAACUGUUUCCUCAACAACUGUUCCCUCGACCGCUGUUCCCUCGACUACUGCUUCUGUUACCACUGUUCCCUCAACAACUAUUCCCUCAACAAAUGUUUCCUUGACCGCUGUUCCCUCGACUGCUGUUCCCUCGACUGCUGUUCCCUCGACUGCUGUUCCCUCGACUACUGCUUCUGUUACCACUGUUCCCUCAACAACUAUUCCCUCAACAAAUGUUCCCUCGACUGCUGUUCCCUCGACUACUGCUUCUGUUACCACUGUUCCCUCAACAACUAUUCCCUCAACAACUGUUCCCUCAACAACUGUUCCCUCGACCGCUGUCCCCUCGACUACAGCUUCUGUUACCACUGCUCCUUCAACAACUAUUCCCUCAACAAAUGUUUCCUUGACCACUGUUCCCUCGACUGCUGUUCCCUCGACCACUGUUCCCUCUACUACUGCUUCUGUUACCACUGUUCCCUCAACAACUAUUCCCUCAACAAAUGUUCCCUCGACUGCUGUUCCCUCGACUGCUGUUCCCUCAACUAUUGCUUCUGUUACCACUGCUCCUUCAACAACUAUUCCCUCAACAAAUGUUUCCUUGACCGCUGUUCCCUUGACUGCUGUUCCCUCGACCGCUGUUCCCUCGACUACUGCUUCUGUUACCACUGUCCCCACAACAACUAUUCCCUCAACAAAUGUUCCCUCGACUACUGUUCCCUCGACUGCUGUUCCCUCGACUACUGCUUCUGUUACCACUGCUCCUUCAACAACUAUUCCCUCAACAAAUAUUCCCUCAACAAAUGUUUCCUUGACCGCUGUUCCCUCGACUGCUGUUCCCUCGACCGCUGUUCCCUCGACUACUGCUUCUGUUGCCACUGUUCCCUCAACAACUAUUCCCUCAACAACUGUUUCCUCAACAACUGUUCCCUCGACUGCUGUUCCCUCGACUACUGCUUCUGUUACCACUGUUCCUUCAACAACUAUUCCCUCAACAAAUGUUUCCUUGACGGCUGUUCCCUCGACUGCUGUUCCCUCGACCGCUGGUCCCUCGACUACUGCUUCUGUUACCACUGUUCCCUCAACAACUAUUCCCUCAACAAAUGUUUCCUUGACCGCUGUUCCCUCGACUGCUGUUCCCUCGACUGCUGUUCCCUCGACUACUGCUUCUGUUACCACUGUUCCCUCAACAACUAUUCCCUCAACAACUGUUCCCUCAACAACUGUUCCCACAACCGCUGUUCCCUCGACUAUAGCUUCUGUUACAACUGCUCCUUUAACAACUAUUCCCUCAACAAAUGUUUCCUUGACCGCUGUUCCCUCGACUGCUGUUCCCUCGACCACUGUUCCCUCGACUACUGCUUCUGUUACCACUGUUCCCUCAACAACUAUUCCCUCAACAAAUGUUCCCUUGACUGCUGUUCCCUCGACUGCUGUUCCCUCGACUACUGCUUCUGUUACCACUGCUCUUUCAACAACUAUUCCCUCAACAAAUGUUUCCUUGACCGCUGUUCCCUUGACUGCUGUUCCCUCGACCGCUGUUCCCUCGACUACUGCUUCUGUUACCACUGUUCCCUCAACAACUAUUCCCUCAACAAAUGUUCCCUCGACUGCUGUUCCCUCGACUGCUGUUCCCUCGACUACUGCUUCUGAUACCACUACUCCUUCAACAACUAUUCCCUCAACAAAUAUUCCCUCAACAAAUGUUUCCCUGACUGCUGUCCCCUCGACUGCUGUUCCCUCGACCACUGUUCCCUCGACUACUGCUUCUGUUGCCACUGUUCCCUCAACAACUAUUCCCUCAACAACUGUUUCCUCAACAACUGUUCCCUCGACCGCUGUUCCCUCGACUACUGCUUCUGUUACCACUGUUCCUUCAACAACUAUUCCCUCAACAAAUGUUUCCUUGACCGUUGUUCCCUCGACUGCUGUUCCCUCGACCGCUGUUCCCUCGACUACUGCUUCUGUUACCACUGUUCCCUCAACAACUAUUCCCUCAACAAAUGUUUCCUUGACCGCUGUUCCCUCGACUGCUUUUCCCUCGACUGCUGUUCCCUCGACUGCUGUUCCCUCGACUACUGCUUCUGUUACCACUGUUCCCUCAACAACUAUUCCCUCAACAAAUGUUCCCUCGACUGCUGUUCCCUCGACUACUGCUUCUGUUACCACUGUUCCCUCAACAACUAUUCCCUCAACAACUGUUCCCUCAACAACUGUUGCCUCGACCGCUGUCCCCUCGACUACAGCUUCUGUUACCACUGCUCCUUCAACAACUAUUCCCUCAACAAAUGUUUCCUUGACCGCUGUUCCCUCGACUGCUGUUCCCUCGACUGCUAUUCCCUCGACCGCUGUUCCCUCUACUACUGCUUCUGUUACCACUGUUCCCUCAACAACUAUUCCCUCAACAAAUGUUCCCUCGACUGCUGUUCCCUCGACUGCUGUCCCCUCGACUAUUGCUUCUGUUACCACUGCUCCUUCAACAACUAUUCCCUCAACAAAUGUUUCCUUGACCGCUGUUCCCUUGACUGCUGUUCCCUCGACCGCUGUUCCCUCGACUACUGCUUCUGUUACCACUGUCCCCACAACAACUAUUCCCUCAACAAAUGUUCCCUCGACUACUGUUCCCUCGACUGCUGUUCCCUCGACUACUGCUUCUGUUACCACUGCUCCUUCAACAACUAUUCCCUCAACAAAUAUUCCCUCAACAAAUGUUUCCCUGACCGCUGUUCCCUCGACUGCUGUUCCCUCGACCGCUGUUCCCUCGACUACUGCUUCUGUUGCCACUGUUCCCUCAACAACUAUUCCCUCAACAACUGUUUCCUCAACAACUGUUCCCUCGACUGCUGGUCCCUCGACUACUGCUUCUGUUACCACUGUUCCUUCAACAACUAUUCCAUCAACAAAUGUUUCCUUGACCGCUGUUCCCUCGACUGCUGUUCCCUCGACCGCUGUUCCCUCGACUACUGCUUCUGUUACCACUGUUCCCUCAACAACUAUUCCCUGGACAACUGUUCCGUCAACAACUGUUCCCUCAACUGCUGUUCCCUCGACCGCUGUUCGCUCAACUGCUGUUUCCUCGACCGCUGUUCUCUCAACUGCCGUUCCCUCGAUCGCUGUUCCCUCAACUGCUGUUACCUCGACCACUGUUCCUUCAACUGCUGUUGCCUCAACCACUUUUCCCUCAACUGCUGUUGCCUCGACCACUGUUCCCCCAACGACAGUUCCCUCAAAUAUGACAUGCAAAAUCUCUGGUCCAAAUUCACCAGGGAAUGUAAUGGUCGUGCGACUCAAAGUGACUUCAAAUAAAGACUUGGUGGCUUCCAGCGGUUCACAGCUGCUCCUCCAACAGCUCAAAGGGAAGCUGAUAGACAGAGGACUGCCAAGCAACUUCACCCUUUGUUUGAGGUCCCUUAACAAGACAUCACCCUAGAAUAUGGUUAUUGGAAAUGAAAAUGCUUAUUUUUACAUAUGCUCUUAACAAUUAGUAAAGAGAAAUCAAUUUAGAGGAUGUGAAUGACUAAAAUCUUGCUUUGUUUUUUUUUUUAUAUUCAAAUCACAUAAUUAAUGAGCAUUUACAUGGUGACACUUUCAUGCAUCACUUUAAUUCACUUGAAACCUACAUAAAACUAGAUUGCAUUUAUUUUGCAUAAUGUAAAGUGUCCUGCAAGUCAAAAACCUGCUGUUUAAACUCUGUUCUCUCUGUGAAAUACUGCUUGUCUCCACAGUGUAAUUAACCUAUUAUGCAGAUGCUUUAUUUUGAUUUGUUUUGACUGUCAGAAUUGAGUUCAUUUCUGUUGUUUUCACUCAUCCUGAAUAAAACUGCUCUUGGCUUUUA